CUCUAAUGUCUCAAACCUCAUGGCCAUAGUCAGGAAACUUGUUUUUGUCUACGUAAACAUGACGGCGGGACAAGGAUGUAAUUAUGGCCACCAAGCAGUUUCUCGAAGAGAUCAACAAGUGGACAGAUCAGUACAACGUUUCCCCUCUCUCUUGGAAUGUUGCUGUCAAGUUCCUCAUGGCCCGGAAGUUUGAUGUGCUCCGUGCAGUAGAGUUGUUCCAUUCCUACAGAGAAACACGAAGAAAGGAAGGCAUUGUGAAGCUGAAACCUCAUGAGGAACCUCUCCGUUCUGAGAUCCUUAGUGGAAAAUUUACUGUCUUAAAUGUUCGUGACCCAACAGGGGCCUCCAUCGCCCUCUUCACUGCCAGAUUGCAUCAUCCCCAUAAGUCAGUCCAACAUGUGGUACUUCAGGCUCUCUUUUACUUGCUAGACCGAGCUGUGGAUAGUUUUGAAACUCAGAGGAAUGGACUGGUGUUUAUUUAUGACAUGUGCGGUUCUAAUUAUGCCAACUUUGAGCUGGAUCUUGGCAAGAAAGUCCUGAACCUGCUAAAGGGUGCCUUCCCUGCACGGCUGAAGAAAGUGCUGAUUGUGGGAGCGCCCAUAUGGUUCCGAGUGCCCUAUUCCAUCAUCAGCCUCCUCUUGAAGGACAAAGUCCGGGAGAGGAUUCAGAUAUUAAAGACAUCUGAGGUCACUCAGCACCUACCCAGGGAGUGCCUUCCAGAAAACCUGGGUGGGGAUGUCAGAAUUGACCUCGCCACUUGGAAUUUCCAGUUCCUACCCCAGAUGAAUGGCCACCCGGAUCCCUUCGAUGAGAUCAUCCUGUUCUCCCUCCCUCCUGCCUUAGACUGGGACUCAGUGCAUGUUCCAGGCCCCCAUGCCAUGACUAUUCAAGAGUUGAUGGACUAUGUCAGCACCAGGCAAAAGCGAGGCAUAUAUGAGGAGUAUGAAGACAUCCGUCGCGAGAACCCCGUUGGCACUUUCCACUGUUCCAUGUCUCCAGGAAACCUAGAGAAGAACCGCUAUGGGGACGUUCCCUGCCUGGACCAGACGAGAGUGAAGCUGACAAAGCGGAGUGGCCACACUCAGACAGAUUACAUCAAUGCCAGUUUCAUGGAUGGCUACAAGCAGAAAAAUGCCUACAUUGGUACACAAGGCCCUUUGGAGAAUACCUAUCGAGACUUCUGGCUCAUGGUAUGGGAGCAGAAAGUCUUGGUGAUUGUCAUGACCACUCGCUUUGAGGAGGGCGGCAGGAGAAAGUGUGGCCAGUACUGGCCUUUAGAAAAAGACUCUCGGAUCCGAUUUGGCUUCCUCACAGUGACCAAUCUAGGCGUGGAGAACAUGAACCAUUAUAAGAAAACAACGCUAGAAAUUCACAACAUAGAGGAACGGCAGAAACGCCAGGUGACCCACUUUCAGUUCCUGAGCUGGCCAGAUUAUGGUGUCCCUACCUCGGCAGCUUCCCUCAUUGACUUCUUGAGAGUGGUCAGGAGCCAGCAGAGGCUGGCCGUCAGCAGCGUGGGCUCACGCUCCAGGGGGCAGUGCCCCGAGCCCCCCAUUGUGGUCCACUGCAGUGCCGGCAUUGGCAGGACAGGUACCUUCUGCUCCCUGGACAUCUGCCUGGCACAGCUGGAGGAGCUUGGCACCCUUAACGUGUUCCAGACGGUGUCUCGCAUGAGGACCCAGAGGGCCUUCAGCAUCCAGACCCCUGAGCAGUACUAUUUUUGCUACAAGGCAAUCCUGGAGUUCGCAGAGAGAGAGGGCAUGGUGCCCUCCAGCCACGACCUCCUGGCCAUGGAGAGUCAGUAAUUGUCCACAGGCCUCCUACCUGCUGGCCAGCCUUCUCCACCGCGGACAGCGCUGAGCCUGUAGGUCGCCCUCAGUUAUGUUGAAGCCAUGGACCAACCUCUUUAUUGUGUCUCCCGGCGCACGUGUGCACGCAAGGCAGCCUUUCCCUUUGGCUAGACAGAUGUGGUGACGUUGCCACUAGAAAGGGCCAGCAGCAAUGUGUUCUGAACUCCCAGCACCUGCUAUUGAACUGUGCCUUAUUAAAACCAAAUUGUGGCUAUCCAUUUUUGCCAGGGCCCGAGGUAAGGGGGGAAGGAUCCUCCCUCACCCUUUCCCGACGCCAUUCUCUUUCUCGGGUCUCUUUCCGACUCCUUCCCCUUUUUAGGAUUUGCUGGGGAGGUUUGGUGCGCACUCACCUUCCUUCCCGGAGAGCUUGACCAAGUUACAUAGUUCGAGGAACGUCCCGAGUGCCAAGCACGGUUAUACGUAGGGCGUGUAUCCCGGUCUCCUGUCACUGUGUGUGUGCGCGCGUGUAUGUGCACGUACGUGUCUGGGUCCAUGUGUACGUGUGUAUAUAAUAUAUCCUGUACGUGAUGCUAUGGUCGUAUUCUAUAAAGACAUAUACACA